AUGGCGGGGAUAGUUGGUUGGGAUAAUGAAUGUGGGAUGAACCAGGACGCGCUGGACGAGGAGAGCGGGAAGAAGUGGGUCGGACGUGUCCCGGACCAUCAAAUCAUGGCUGUUCGCCCUCGCACGCGUACUUUUGGUGCUUGGAUGUUCGUAGCCUUAGCCGAGCUAUUCGCCCCUUCUGUCCCUGCUUUCCCUCAUUCAAGGCCAUCCAAUAUCGAUAUCCCUUCACCAAGUUCUUCACCCCAAGCCGUACACAUCUUGCAAUACUCACCCACCUCGCCAACACCGACGCCAGCAUUCGACGAGGACGCUAAAGGGGUGUUCGAAGAGGAGGAACUGGCCAUCGAGAAGCGCGGUCUUUCCACUCGCAUGGGAUGCGAGGCCAGUUCUCAUAACGGCUGA